UUUUGAUCAUAUCCCCUGCUUUGCGCACAGUCUCCAGCGUUCUGUCACUGUUUGUCUGCACAACAGUGCGUUUGACAACAUCCUUUCCAAGUGCAGAAAAGUUGUCGGGCACUUUAAACACAGUCCAGCAAAUGCAGCAGAAUUAGAGCAAAAACAAGCUGAACAUGGACAUAAGAAAGAGGCCCUUGUGCAAGAUGUUCCUACCAGAUGGAAUUCAACUCUGGACAUGAUAAAAAGCAUCCGCAGAAAUGAACAUCCUCUGAGUGACGUCCUCACCACAAGCACCAAGAUUGCCAUGCCAACUCCAGCUGAAAUGGACAAGCUGCAGAGGUUGGAAACGCUACUGGAACCUUGCAGGUAUUUGACUGAACUUUUGGGAGGAGAAAAGUAUGUGUCUUGCUCUGUGGUUCUCCCUGCUUUUUGCCAUCUCUUUCGGGUGAUGGAGAGCUCAGAUGAUGACCCCACCUACGUGACCAAGUUCAAGCCUACAUUUAGAGAGGAUCUAGAGACACGUAAGGGAAAUGCCAACAUUGCAUAUCUGAAGAUUGCUACUGCAUUGGACCCUAGGUUCAAGGCCCUCAAGUGCAUCCCCAGAGCUGAGAGGAGUGAGGUGUGGGCCUCAAUCACCAACUUACUGAAGGAAGACAUGGUUACUGCAGAGAAACCUAUGCAAGAAAAAACCUCAGAGCCACCAAAGAAAAAGUUAACCCUGUUGGCUGCUUCAUCUGAGUCUGAUUCUGAACAUGAAGAAGACUCAAUUGAGAACAGUGUGCAUCGAUACAGAGUAGAACCUGCCAUAAAUUCAGAUUUCUGUCCAUUAGAGUGGUGGUCCAACCAUGCAGGUUCACACAGCAGGCUGGCCCCAUAUGCACAGAAGUACCUGGCCACACCUGCAACCUCUGUCCCCUGUGAAAGCAACUGGCUCAGCGCAGAAGAGUAA